CCAGUGGGAGGCGGUGUUGCGUCGCUAUGUCUUUACCGCCUGACGUGUGAAGAGGACGGCGUCUCCAGCCAAGACCGAAAAACCAUGCGAUGACACCUAAACUGCGGAAUUACAUCUUUUAAAUGACGCCUUUUCCUUGAAUGAGCCUUUUUCACGAGCCAGAGUGACGCCACCCUUCAGUUCGGCGCUUCAUACGUAGGUAGCAGCAGCGUCAGCGCCAGCUUUAGCAAAACUUAGCUUAGCUUCCGACUCCACGUCCCGGGCUUUCGACUUGACUUCGGACGAUCUGGCAACAUGUCGGACGAUUAUGAGUUCUGCGAAGACACGAGCAUCAUGAGGAUGGAGGAGGACGGCGAGGCCAACUGCGACGAGCCGAUGUCCGGAGACUGCGGCCCGGCGGGGGGAGAGGCCGAGGGGUCGCGGAUCGACGCCAGCAAGAACGAGGAGGAUGAAGGGAAGAUGUUUGUCGGCGGGCUCAGCUGGGACACCACCAAGAAAGACCUGAAGGAUUACUUCGCCAAGUUUGGAGAGGUCGUGGACUGCACCCUGAAGCUGGACCCGGUCACCGGUCGCUCGCGGGGAUUCGGCUUCGUCCUCUUCAAAGAGCCUCAGAGCGUUGAAAAGGUCAGCGCGCAGAAGGAGCAUAAACUCAACGGGAAGGUCAUAGAUCCAAAGAAGGCCAAGGCCAUGAAGACCAAGGAGCCCGUGAAGAAGAUCUUUGUCGGUGGUCUGUCUCCUGACACGCCCGAGGAGAAGGUCAGAGAGUACUUCAGUGCCUUUGGAGAGGUGGAGUCGAUUGAGCUCCCCAUGGAGAGCAAAACCAACAAGAGGCGAGGCUUCUGCUUCAUCACCUUUAAAGAUGGCGAACCGGUGAACACCAUCAUGGAGAAGAAGUACCACAACAUCGGACUCAGCAAGUGUGAAGUGAAGGUGGCCAUGUCGAAAGAGCAGUACCAGCAGCAGCAGUACUGGGGGGGGCGAGGAGGCUUCUCCCCCCGCUCCCGAGGACGAGGAAUGGGUCCCAGUCAAAACUGGAACCAGGGUUACGGAAGCUACUGGAACCACGGCAGUUAUGGCUACGGUAACCACGGCUACGGAGGUGGCUACGGUACAUACGGUGGCUAUGAUUACUCUGGUUGCAACAACUAUUAUGGAUAUGGUGACGACAGUAAUCACCCCGUCGGCUACGGCAAGUCGCCCCGCCGCGGCGGCCACGCCAACAGCUACAAGCCAUACUGAGCGCACCGCUGUCCCGCUGCUGCAGGUAAAGCUCCAUCUUGAGCCGAGGGCCUCAGACUUGACAUAGCUAAACUUAAUUUGGGUAAAAAUGUUCUUUCUCUAGCACCCUCAAGUGCUUUUCUGUAGAGCUAACGUAACACCGGCCUUCUGCUGCCCUGCUUUGUUUUGUUAACUGUAGUUAACAGGUAAAGCUACUGCCAGUUAGAGGAUGUGCAAGGAAACAGAAACGGAAGUGUGUUGUCUCCUAACUCUGACAUACCUUGUUUGUACCUGCCAGCGGAGCUUCCUUGCAGGCCAUCAGCUGACUCCCAGAUACUCUCAGGGCCGCUCAAUGCGGACCGGGUACGAGAAGCAUACGCUCUCGAAUGCUGCCAUUUGGUAUGGUCUUACAACAUCCUGUCUCAGCAUUUCUAAACUAAACAGUACGGGACACCGUCCAGCAUUGUCGUUCUGCUUUGUCCUUUUAAUUUCUUUGUUGUGUAAACGUAACGUAAAGAGCUCUAAACCUAAGUGUAACGUCAUUUCUUCCAGGCCCUUACUCCCCCACAUGUAAUGAUUUGUAAAUACUUGCUUCUCGAAGGAGACCGCAGCGCCUGUGGAGCGAUAAUUACUAAUGCUAAUUUGACCAUGCUUGUCUCUCUAUUCAGCUCUGGUAGUCCAUGAGCUCAGCGCUGCAGUGUUGGGGGACAAAGAGCAAAUUCUGUGGACAUGUCUUCUGUUGUUGUGACGCUCAGCGAUGGGAAAAGACUCCUCUUUUCCUUUUACACUUCUCUCUGACCCAGGGCUGUGCCGCGUUCCCCACAGAAGCGUUUGACAUUCUGGUCAGGACAGUCGCAGUCAGCUGAACCUCGCUGACUUUCAGCCUCCGUCCGCCGCCGUCUUGAAACGAUUCUUUCAGUGAGGCUAACCUGAACUGAGCUGUACGACGGACAACUUUGUCACGUGACGUUGUGAUUGUGUGCGGAGCCAUGGAGGCUAGAUGCAGCAUCCAUUGCCUGAACAGUCAUAAACGGAAAGGCUACAAAGCAGACGACAGGUUUCUUAAACAUCGCCACUCAUGCAGUUUUGUCUCACAUAAGGUUCAUUCAAGGACACUGGUGUUGUCACAUCACAUUCCUGUAUAUGAGAGGUGUUCCGCACAAGUUCCAGGUUGAAGCUGAGUCCUGUGAUGUCGGGACAUAAGUCUUCGGAUUCACUCCGAUGCCGCCCCAAUUGUUACCUCCACCAAGGAGGCCAAGAUUUGGAUGGCGUAUCUUUGUAUGUUUGUCAGUGUUCAAAAUAUCUAGAAAAGUUACACACACAGAUUUGGGAAGUUUUGGGUUUGUUUUGUGGGAUACUUCAAGGACCUCAAGUCUUUUUUUCUGGCCUGACCCGACACCACCCGGUCAUGUUUAUGAGGCUAGCCACUCUUGCCACUUGCUAACAUUAGCAUGGCUCUCUGGUGCGGCUUUAGCAAACAGGCAUGCAAAAGAUGCGUAGUAUCUAGUGAAGACAAUAGUUUUGAUUCUUUCGUCUGAUCAACUGUGUCUACGCUUGGAACAUUUCCGACGUGAAUUACUGAAACCGCUGUGCGCUGUCGUAGCUAGCGUAGCACAUUAGCGGUGCACAAAAUGACUUGGUGCUGAUGGAAACGCCAAUUUUCCGACCCUGAAGUCCUGCUGGCAGAGGUCGCGGCACAGCCCUGCUCUUAACCUUGGUUCUAAUUUGAAGUAAAAAGCAGAAGAAUGAGCAGAAAUUUGCAUGAAAUGUUACUUUGCUUUAAUUUAACGUGUAAAUGUUUUAAUCUUAAUUUAUUUCACUUCAGGAUUUCAAUCUUAAGGAUUUUUAAUUGAAUUUACUGACUAGUUUACCUCUGAAGACCUGAGCGUCGGGUCAGUGUUGCGAGGCUCAUGUGUGCGUAUCUGUCUGCAGGUGUCGCCGAGUCGACGGGCUGCUGCCGGGCCACCGCCGAUGACCUCCCCACCCUGACAUUUUCCUUCCUUCCGUAUUUGUUGGAUUCGGAGUUUGAAGUUUUCGGGCAUUUAUUUAGCGAACCCUCAGCUGCCCCCCCGCCCAUUCCCCUAGUGUUUGCACCCGCUGUUUGUGAAAGCCUCUGUUUAUUUAGCCUGUAUUUACAUUUCUGUGGUAGCAAACAAACACAAGUAUCAGCGGUGGAUACCAACAUAUACACAAUAAAGUGACAAAACAUUUGAUUCUUGUGUAUCUAAU